AUGCCUCCGCUGCUUAUGGAGUGUAAAGCUUGUGGCGCGAACAAGGCUGAGGACCUGCUGGUGCGCAAGGAGGUCGAUAAAGUGGACGUUAUAUGCCUAAGCUGUCACCGUCAAGAUUGGCGCCCUAUGAUCGAGGAAACCGCUCGCAUCAAUCGUCCCGAUGAGCAGCUGGAACAGAAGCCAGUCAAGUACCUUAGUCAAAUGCUGGCACAAGUACCACCCGAAGAUGUACAGCAAUCCGUCCAACAGCUAGACAAUGUUGCAAUUUACAAAUUGUUGAAAAUGGCAAAGGCGAAGGCUUUAGAAAAGAAGAAGGGGGAAGAGGAGAAGCUCCAGCUUUAUAGGAUUGAAAGGGCCCAUGCAGAAUACGCGAAGCAUUUCGUCAAUCUGCUGGAGCUAGCUUACCAAAGCGACAAGCGGACCCAUGAAGCCCAGAGUCAGCAAGUUGGCGGGUUAUGCCUGGUACCCCAUUCGUAUAAGUACCACGUUUCGUUCGUGUUGCCCGAAUACAGCAAGAAAGGGAUGAAGGUGACGAAAGGGGACAAGCUGAAGGUGCAGUAUCGUCCCAACGGCCAGUCCACGCAUCCGGAGUAUGAGGGCGAGGUCGUCCAGUUUAGAGCUGCUACUGAAACGACCCCUGAUCGCGUGACAAUCGAAAUGGAAAAGCGGCCACUUGAAGGCACUUCACAAGAUUGGCAUUGCGAAGUGAUCAUGAACGAACAGCCCUACGAGCGAAUGGGAAAGGCCCUCAGGGAUUUCCGGCAAGGCACAGCAGCAUCGACCAUCAUCACAAGCAAGAUCCUGGGUCUAUCGGUCAAUGAACAGAGAUCAAAGAUGGGACGGACUCUACCGUCUGAUUUGAAUGUACGAGGACUGCCUCCACUCAACCCCAGCCAGACUGAAGCUGUGAAGACCGUCCUGAAGACCGUCCUGUGUGAAAGUCCUGGGCAAGGCCUCGAAAACACUUUGGCAGAAGAUCUGAGCGUCAAGGUGAAGCAUGUGAUUUUCCAUAUGUUUCCGGGGCGUUUCAGUGUCACGGUGAACUGCGAGAUUUUGGUCAUUGAUCAAGCGAUUGCCGGG